GAGCGCGGCCAUCUUGAGUUAACCGGUCCAGUUAUUUGUUUUGUCAGAAUUGCAACAAAGCCUUGAUAUCAACUAAGUCGUCUUUUACGGUUUUUUUUUUUUUUCCCCCGUCACUUCUGCACAAAAAGGGAGUGAGCCCACUUUUGCCGUGCGCGGCCCACUCAGCGGGAGAACUUUUGUCUUCAAAUUGACUGCGUGGAGAAUUCACGAGCCCGAAUAAUUGCUGCCGCGAACGCGUCGACAUCCUGCGCGUUUGCAUUCCACAGUUGUGCGAAGCGACCGGGUGGCGAGCGAGCAGCCAAUGUCGCUCCACUUCCCGCUUUUGAGUUUUUUUUUUUUUUUAUUCGAGUCCCUCACGCAGCGACGCCCAGGCAAGCCUCCUUGCUGCAGCUCGGCAGGAUCCAAAUGUUGCCGGUGCCGAUUCUCUCCCACUCGAUCAUGUCGGAAUCCGUGAGAACUUUGUAAAAACUUUCAAGUCUUUGCCGGACCAUGUCGCUCCCGGAGGAGGACCUCACCUGCCCCGUCUGCCACGAGAUCUUCUCCGACCCGGUGGUGCUGUCGUGCAGCCACAGCUUCUGCAGGCGAUGUCAGGAGCGCUGCUGGGACUCGGGCCUCCGCGAGUGUCCCGUGUGUCGGAAGAAGAGCUCCAAGUCCGCCCGCUUCCCCAACCUGGCCCUGAAGAACAUCUGCGAGGCGGUGGUGCAGGCCCGCAGGGACACGGAAGCGGCCGAGGACCGGCUGAUGUGUCCCCUGCACGGGGAGAGGUUCAAGCUCUUCUGUCUGCGGGACAAGGAGCCCAUCUGCGUGGUGUGCCGCUGCUCCAAGGCUCACAAGGACCACCAGUGCUCGCCCGUGGAGGAGGCCACCGCCGACUGCAAGGGGAAACUCAGCGAGGCCCUCGAGAGCCUGGGAGACAAACUGGACAAACUCAAGACCGUCCACGAGUCCUCCGGCGACAUGCUCAAGCACAUCAAGGAUCAGUCGGCGGAGACUCAGCGUCUGAUCCGGGUUCAGUUCGAGCAGCUCCGGCAGACGCUGGGCCGGGAGGAGGAGGCCCGGCUGGCGGCCGUCAAGAAGGAGGAAGAAGAGAAGAUGGCGGCCCUCGACGACAAGAUGAAGCAGAUGGCGGCCGAGGCGCUGUCUCUGACCGAGAGCGUCGAGGCCGUCCGCCGGCUGCUGGGGGAAGACGACGUGGACUUGCUGAAGAAGUUUAAAGAUCAGGAGAAACGCAACGCCGGCGGCGGCCGACAUGCGCGGCGUCCUCAUCGACGUGGCCGAGCAUCUCUCCAACCUCAAGUACAGAGUUUGGGAGAAAAUGCUGGAAGGUCUCGAUUACACCCCCGUGACCUUGGACCCCAACACGGCGCACCCUUGCCUUUUCCUGUCCGACGACCUGACUUCCUGCCACUACAAAGACCAGAUGAACAGUUGCCCCGACAACCCGGAGCGCUUCCACCUGAGCGCCGAGGCGGUGGGCGCCGCCGCGCUGGGCCCGGGGAGCCACCGCUGGGUGGUGCAGACCGGACGGAACCAGGACUGGCUCCUGGGCGUGGCCUCGUCGACCAUCCCCAGGAACGCCGAAGUCAACGCCAGGCCCGAGAACGGCUUCUGGACUCUGUGCUUCAGGGACGGCGCCGUCAAGGCCAUGACCUCGCCGCCCACGCCGCUGGCGGUGUCCAAAACGCCGGAGCGAGUCCAAGUGCACGUGGAUUACGACAAAGGCGCCGUGACGUUCCGGGACGCAGACGACGACUCGCUGAUUCACGCGUACGAGCACGCCUUUGCGGAAACGCUGCUGCCGUACUUUUACACGCAGAGCAGCCAUCCGUUGAGAAUCCUGCCGGAGCGGGUCCGCGUCACCUUGGGGAGGCAGUAAACGCGACCUCCACUUCGAGGAUUUUGUUUCAUGACAUCUGGAUAUUUUAUAAUCUAGUAUAUUGUUCUGUGUCCUGUUGCAACGUGUUAAGUUUCACGUUUUCACGUGGAAAAAAAUUGAUCUUGAGGACUGGUCAACCCUGCGGUGCCUCACGUAGCUACGCCGACACUUUGAAAGCGCAUCCUCUAUUUGGAUAAUCUGCUGGGGUGUCCGCUCUAGAGCGCCUCAUUGCACAAGUGCCACAAGUGCGUGCACAUCACCGAGAGAAGGCGGAAGUAAGAUGGAGGGAAAAAUAAAGCCCGACUCGACAGGCUGUGUGAACAGUGCUUCGGGCUGGUGUGGCUGCUUUAGAGCGCCUCGUUGUUGCGGUAAGUUAGCUGAUAACUUUUUAGAAAAAAAAUGAUACUCGAGUGACGGUAAAUGUUAAAAAAAAAGUGACGUAUGGAGUUGGAUGAGGUUUUAAAAAUGUUAUAAUGCAACAAAGCUUGUUUACAGUCCUCUGACAGCAAUGAAUGUUAAAAUAUGACUUAAAAUAUAUGCCUGAUGCAGUUUAAUGAUGG